UAGAAGGAAAGAAUAUAAGAACGGUUAGGUCGGGAAAUCAUGUUAUGAUAUUACAUGUAUAUCAUUCUUUAUGCAUUUAAUAUAUUUAUUGAUGUCAUGGUUUACUUCUGGUUCACUGGUUGAUAUAUAUGUUUCGUUUUCCAUGGACAAUCAACGGUCAUUCAACUUAGUCCUUGUUGGCUUGUCACGGAAGUAAAGACGAACGUGGUGUGAAAUGUAAACCGACGUUUCUGGAAAGAGCAGGACGAUACAUUAAUACCGAUGGAAGAUAACAGAACUUGUGAAAGCAUUUCGAUUAAAACAGCGUGCGAUGAGCAUGGAAUUGACCUUGAAAGUUUCUGUAGGACGCAUGAUGUGGCAAUUUGUAAGACCUGCUUAACAUCUCGCCAUGAGAAAUGUUCUGACUUUAUUAUCUCUCUAGUAGAGGCAGCAACAAACGCUAAGACAUCGAUAGCUCUCGAGGGAGUAUUGGAAUCAAUUGAUGGAGCCUUAGACCAACUACAACGUAUUAUUGAAGAUUGUGGAAUGGUCUCCACAAAUAUCGAGGAACAAGAAAAGAGCGUUCAAAAAUCGGUACAAAGUAUACGAUUUACAGUAAACAAACGAAUAGACGAACUUGAAGAAAAACUGUUAGCUAAUUUGUCAGAAACAAGAAAUAACUAUAAGACGAAAAACGAAGAGAUUAUUACAAAAUUAAGCAGAAGGAAUGAUGAAAUUAAACGACUAAGAAAACAAACAGUCCAACUUAAACGUUUCGACUCUGAUAUCCAAGUAUUUCUUGGUACGCGUCAGAUUGAUAAAAUAGUCCAUGAAGAAAUAGAAUAUGUCAAGAUGUCGCUGGGUUCUAUACGCAAAUACACAAUAGAAAUAGAGGUUAACGAAGAAUUGACCUCAAUGUUAGAGAAUAUAAACUCCUUUGGAAAAAUAAAAGUCAAUGAAAACGCUGUCAGUAUACCGUUUAUAUUUGAGAACAUUGACCAAGCACAGACACAACUAUAUAAACCAGUACGAUCCGUUCACAAUACCACAGUUAAUUUCCGAAGCAAGUUUUCACUUAAAGGACAAAUAAAGAACUCGGAAAUCACAGGAGUAACGAUUUUACCAAACGGUCAUGUAAUGAUUGCAAAUUACACCAGUGACAAAGCAAUUCUAGAAUAUAAUGAUACAGGUCAACACAUCCGGAACAUUCCCGUCUGUGGUAUGGCGUAUGAUGUAGCUGUAAUAGAUGGAGAAAGUAUUGCGGUUUCUCGUGGCGAAUCCAAACGCAUAGAUAUUGUAAACAUAGAAAAUGGCACUGUCAUUAAAACAAUAGAUACCAAAGGGUCAUGUUGGGGUAUCUCAUGUCAUGAUAAUAGAAUCUACGUCCUAGUAGAAAGCGAAGGAAUAGUUGUGAUGGAUAAAUCGGGAAAGAUGUUUAAUACAAUAAAGUGUAACGUGUCCUGCUUCGAUAUUGUUGCAUGCAAGGACAGGAUUUACUACACAGACUAUGUGAACAACACAAUCCAUUGCUGUAGUAUGACAGGGGAUGAAAUAUGGGUGUUCAGUGACAAAUAUCUGGUCUAUCCUAGGGGAAUAUCUGUUGAUAAUAUCCAGAAUGUGUUUGCAGCAGGACAUGUGUCUAACAAUUUAUUAAUUAUACAGAAUGAUGGAAAGGUUAGUAAGAUGUUACUUAGCGAAUCUGACGGUCUGAAUCAUCCGGUUCCAGUGUGUUACAAUAAAAACAAAAAAACAUUAUUUGUAUGCAAUGACAACGGAGAUGCCACAUUUUACAACAUUGUGUAGAAUCAAUGACAACGGAGAUACCACAUUUUAUAACAUUGUAUAGAAUCAAUGACAACGGAGAUGCCACAUUUUAUAACAUUGUGUAGACUCAAUGACAAUGGAGAUACCACAUUUUAUAACAUUGUAUAGAAUCAAUGACAACGGAGAUGCCACAUUUUAUAACAUUGUGUAGAAUCAAUGACAAUGGAGAUGCCACAUUUUAUAACAUUGUGUAGACUCAAUGACAAUGGAGAUGUCUCAUUUUAUAACAUUGUGUAGACUCAAUGACAAUGGAGAUACCACAUUUUAUAACAUUGUGUAUAAUCAAUGACAAUGGAGAUACCACAUUUUAUAACAUUGUGUAUAAUCAAUGACAAUGGAGAUGUUACAUUUUAUAACAUUGUGUAGAACCAAUAACAGCGGAGAUGCCACAUUUUAUAACAUUGUGUAUAAUCAAUGACAAUGGAGAUGUCACAUUUUAUAACAUUGUGUAGAACCAAUAACAGCGGAGAUGCCCCAUUUUAUGUUCAGUAUACAAAUGGAUUGACAUAAUAGAAAGGUUGACUUUAUAAUAAUGUCUGCUAUGCCCACUUUCAUUAUUUUGAAAUGAAAAGUGGUAGUUGUUAUUGAAAGUUCUAUCGAAUUAUAAGAGAUUUGAUACAGAAAAUUGUUAUCAAAUGACGUGUUUUGUUUAUGAAUUUGAUAUACCGUAACCAUGAUAUAUAUUUAAAAAAAAAAAAAGAA